AUGGCAACAAAACACCAAGAAAUGCUCACAUUGGAAGGAGCAAAGAUCGCGAUCGCGGCAUCGGAGAAGAAGGCACGUGAAAUAGGCGUUGACAUGAAUAUUGCGAUCGUCGAUGCCUCUACACACCUAUUACACUUCUCUCGGAUGCCGAAUGCAAAGAUUACUUCUAUUAGUAUCGCAAUGGACAAAGCCUUCACAGCUGCAGGUCAUCGAGUAGGCACGCAUACCUACAAAGAAGCCGUUUGGCCAGGAGGACCGGCAUUUGGACUUGGAAACACGAAUGGAGGGCGAUUCACCACUUUUGGUGGAGGAUUACCUAUUACGAACUCGAAGGGAGAGGUCAUUGGUGGUAUUGGAGCAAGUACUGGGACGCCGGCUCAAGAUCAACAGGUUGUGCAAGCUGGAGUCGAUGCUUUGGAGGCGGUGUUGAGUGGGAAAGUCAAGGCGAAGCUGUAG